AGGCAAAUUCCAGAAGCCAUUGCCUGUCGGCCCGCUCCAACGUGCUCCUCGCCAUGUGGGCUCUUUACGACUUGAGAUCCCACAUGGGGCUCUUUACGACUUGAGAUCCCACAUGCCAGAGUGAGGCAGUGACCGCAACGCCUGCGCCAAAGUGAAACUGAACCAGACGAUCCAGCUGCUCCACUACCACAACCGCCUCCCCCUCGCCGCGCCUCCAGCUCCAGCAGGAGCAGCUACGCCGUCACGCGAGCUCACGGGCCGGAGCCUCGGAGGUCGGAAGCAGAACGACCACGCGCCAAGCCUGUCUCUCGUUCGGGGAUUCUAGUGCCGGCUACUCUCAGCGGGGCCACUUGGAGCAGGCGGCAUUCGCUCCGUACUGCUGCUGAUUUGGUGAGCGCGGGGAGCCGCGGGAUGGGAGAUCUGGUGGAGGCGGCGGCUGUGGCGUGAUGGUGAGCCCGGGCGGCCCGUCGCGCGUAGCUCUGCGGGGCGGCGUUGGCGGGCCCGGGAGCCCGCGCGUCUCUUCUUCUUCUGCCGCGACCGCUUUUGCGGCGCUACGGCGCAGGUGGCGGUGGGCGCCCUCGGGCGCGCCGACGCUGGAGCGCGCGGCCCGCGCGUUCCUCCUGGCCUCCGCGGCGCUCGUGCUCGCCUGCGCGCUCUACCUCUACGUGCUCCGCUACGUCGGCCGGGGAGGUCGCGCCUUCGCCGCCGCGGGCUUCGUCGGGGGCUCCGUCCUGGGCCUCGGCGGCGAGGCGUGCGAUGUGUUCGACGGCGCAUGGGUACCCGACGACACCGGCCGCCACCCGCUAUACAACAGCUCCGAGUGCCCGUUCGCGGAGCGCGGGUUCGACUGCCUCGCCAACGGGCGGAACGACACUGGGUACCUCAAGUGGCGGUGGAAGCCGCGGCGGUGUGAAGUGCCGCAGUUUGCGGCCCGCACCGCGCUGGAGCGGCUGCGCGGGAAGCGGGUGGUGUUCGUGGGGGACUCCAUGAGCCGCACACAGUGGGAGUCCUUCAUCUGCAUGCUCAUGGCCGGCGUGGAUGACCCCAGGACGGUCUUCGAGGUGAACGGAAACGAGAUCACCAAGACGAUACGACACCUGGCGGUCCGGUUCGCGUCGCACGGCCUCACCGUCGAAUUCUUCCGGUCCGUGUUCCUCGUGCAGGAGCAUCCUGCCCCACGGCAUGCCCCCAAGAGGGUCAAAUCCACGUUGAGGCUGGACAGGAUGGAUAGUUUCAGCCGGAAAUGGGUGAAUUCGGACGUACUGAUUUUCAAUACUGGGCAUUGGUGGACGCCGACCAAAUUGUUUGAUAGGGGUUGCUAUUUUCUGGCAGGACGUUCUCUUAAAUUAGGUACAUCCAGCAAUGCUGGUUUUAGGAUGGCACUGAAGACCUGGGCCUCAUGGGUACUAAAAAGAGUUGAUUUAAACCGAACACAUGUCUUCUUUCGCACAUAUGAGCCAUCUCAUUGGGGGGAUACAAGCCAAAAGGUGUGUGAAGUAACAGAGCAGCCUUCGUCAGAGGCCAAAGGAAAUGAUAAGAGUGAAUUUGGGGCUAUACUUUCUGAUGUUGUAACCAACAUGAAAGUUCCUAUCACAGUACUAAAUGUAACUUUAAUGGGAGCGUUUAGAAGUGACGCACAUGUUGGCACUUGGAGUUAUCCUCCCACUAUACUUGAUUGCAGUCACUGGUGUCUUCCUGGAGUCCCUGAUGCUUGGAAUGAACUUGUGUUUUCGUAUCUUUUGACAAAUGGUUGGCGAAACAUGCCGGGCUGAAAUUUAUGGCAGCAUUGCUCAAUCUACCCCCACUUUUUGUAUUUUGAUAUUUGACAUUACCAGGUAUACUAGAGAAUUAACAUACUUCCGGGACAAGAGACAGCUGCAUCUGCUGUAGGUGGUUCACUAGACUUCUGCAUUCUUUUCUUCUUUUUGACUUGUAUAUAUACAUGGUCAAGUAUGCAUGGAGAGCUGUACAUUUUACACCACAUUUUUUUAAUUAUUCGGGUUCGUAAGGAUUACAAAGGCUUGAUAGUCGUUCUGUCAUCUCUAUUUACUAGCUGUUCAUUUUAUGUGUUGUUAACAAUCGGUUUUGUAUUGUGACCUUAUAUGUGCAAACAUUUGCUUGAUACAUUGUGUA